AUGUUUCGAACCGCUGUGAGAUUGGCGGCUUCUUCGGCAAACUAUACUGGAGCUACCGGGCGCAGCUAUGCCUUUAAACAACUCAUCCAAGAGCGGCCAUAUAUCGGGCGCGUUUGGCUUGCCAGGUCUGCCUGUCCCUCGCUAUCUUUUGUGCUGAUCAUUUGGCUAAGGAUCCGCAGAUCCGACGAAGAGAACUUCAUCUUGAAAGACAUCCCGGAAAAUAUGUUCACGGCAUUCGAAUCUGGCACUCGAGCUCAGAUCAAGGCUAGCCCAUAUCUGCGACUUCCAAUUGACAGCAUUCCUAGUCAAAGAAUAUUUGUGUAUCGGUUUUUUACCGAGGACUUCCUGACCCUUGUCAAAAAUCAAAUUCCUCUGAAAGGGCGGAAAGAAAUUCUGAAGUCAAGUUUGCAAGGUCUGGUUGACCUGCACGCCCAGGAUGUCGUUCAUUUAGACGUCAAGCCGGACAAUGUCAUGGUUGAUAUCCACGGGAGCGGCAGCGAGCUUGUCGUUGAAAAGGCUCAGUUGACGGACCUCGAAAAUGCAGCGUACUUGCCGAAAGGCCGAUGUAUCAAGGGGAUGCUGCCAGGGAACGAUAAUUGGCGGAGUCCGGAAGGACAUCUUCGUGGUGAACUCAACAAGCCCACGGACAUCUUCUCCUUUGGCGCCAUGUGCAUAUACGCUGUACUUGGUCGCGUGAUCUUUGGGCCAGAUGAAGGAAUGAGGAAAUUUACGGAUCAAGGGGCAUUAGCCUCGAUGGUUCGUCUGCAGAGACAAGUGUCGUACUUUAGCGACAGAGACGGAAUCAACGGGCUCUUGACGCAUGUUGGGGAUGACGAGCUCAGCUUGCAGCUUCUGAGCAAUGCUUACGACGGCAAAGACGAUGACGACCUUGGUUACAAGCAUUUCUCGACAUGGCCAGAGAUCAAGGACGACAGCUUUAAAGAUCUUGUCCUAUCCAUGAUGAGUUUGGAUCCUAAGAGGCGGAUCACUGCAAAGCAGGCAUUGGAACACCCGUGGUUCGAAAGUGUUCAGCUUAGAUAG